AUGUUGUCCGCUAUCCGAUCCUAUCUUCUACCUGUUGUCGAGCUGUACAUGCUCGGUUUGAAGGUUUUGCUGGUUCAGCUGUUCAGCAGACGUUUCACGUUGCCAGUGAUGCCCAGACAAGAUGGCAAGGUUGCCAUAGUGACAGGAGGAGGCAGGGGAAUUGGCUAUGAGGUAGUCCGCCACAUGGCCAGACUGGGGGCACAUGUUAUCAUAGGUGGGAGGGAUGAGCAGGAGGGUCUAGCAGCUGUCAGAAGGAUCUGUGAAGAGUACAGGGAGGCCAAAGUGGAGUUCAAGAAACUGGACCUAGCCUCUUUGGAGUCUGUCCGUCAGUUUGUCCAAAGCUUCAAGGAGCGGGACCUACCACUGAACAUUCUGGUCAAUAAUGCGGGUGUCAUGCUGGUUCCUGAAGGUCGUACUGAAGAUGGAUUUGAACAGCACUUUGGGGUGAACUACCUUGGCCACUUCCUGCUGACCUGGCUACUCCUGGACACACUGAAGGAUUCUGGGAAAUGCCAUCACUUCUCUCGUGUGGUCAACGUCUCCUCCUCUGCCCACCGCAUCGGAAAGAUCAGUCUAAAUGAUUUAAAUAGCUGCCAGUGUUAUUCAGCCCACGCUGCUUAUUGUCAAAGUAAGCUGGCCCAGCUGUUAUUUAGCUCCCACCUCCACCAGGAGUUGCAGCGUGGAGGUUUCCCAGUGAGUUCAUGUGCUGUGGAUCCUGGCAUGGUGAAUACUGCUCUGUACCGCCACCUCUGGAUGCCCCUUCGUCUGGCACAGAGCAUCAUCGCUCUCCUGCUUUUGAGGACACCUGCAGAGGGCGCUGCCACUGUGCUGUACGCCGCCCUAUCACCGGCCCUGGAGGGGGAGUGUGGAGGAGGCUACUGGGCCAACGGGUGCCAGGAGAUGACAACACCGCCGACCUUUGAACCCCAGCUGCAGCUGAGCCUAUGGGAGACCAGCCUGCAGUUACUGCGCCUGCAGUAGCAUGGGACUAAAGUACGUCAACCCUGCAGAUAACAUCAGAUACAGACCCUUAACUCUGGCUAACCAGCCACUUUCCUUCCCCUCCUCACUUUUUUCUUAAUAUCUUUUCUUCGUUCAUACCUCAGAUCGAGGUGUUUGUAGCGAUUUAUGUUGACAAUCUCACAAUCCACCGCUGGACUGUGAUUGAUUAUAUUGAUAUUUGGAAAGCAAAGAUCUUUGUUUUUUUUUUUUGUUCCAGACCCGCCAAAGAAGGGCUACAGGGGAUGGAAGACAUUUUUUUGUUUUUCACUGUGAGCAAGCAAACCUACGCACACGUACAAACACACUCUAGGGUUAUGUCCAAAUAUGAUUUUGCUGUCAUAGAUACUGGGCAGCUGCUGACAUCAGUUGUUUAUUCCCUGGUCGUAGCUAGCCUCAGAUGUCUGGCAAGAGAAAUCGUUCCACAGUGUCGUAUUCAAAGACCUGCAAUGACACCUGCUCCGCUCUGCCUUAAUGUCAUCAGUCUGGCUUUCGAUAAAGAUUUACGUUGUCCACAGUAAACUAAAUGAUGUUUCAGUCCUAAACAAACCCUAAAAUGCUUUUUGGGCAUGGAAGUAGUUCAAAUGAAGAGCUGAAUUUUGGCACAGUAUACUGGCUGCAAAAUCAUGUCGCUCAAACCCUAGCACACGCGCACACUCACUCACACACACACACACACACACACACACACACAGGCACACACACACACACAUUCAUGCACCAUGACAACAAUCAGAUUAUUCAAAUCUAAACCUGCCUUGCUGUGGCGGGGGAAUGUGAUGUUAUCACUUUGCUUUGACACAUCACAAUGAUUUCUCAGAUCGUCUUGCCAUCCCACCCGUUUUACUGGGAGCACCUUGUGCUUUUGGUACAUUCUUGUGCUUUCUCUCGUUACUGCUGUACUGAAUCCUCGUGUUAACUGCCGGUCGUAGUUGUAUGAUAAGCUGUCCUCAAGAAAAGGUGAAUUCUGCCAUCCUCAUGAGGAUGCUGGGAAAAUGUCUGCACCUCCUCUGUCCUCACUCUCUCCACCACUCAGCAAACCGACAAAAGACAUUCCUAUGGACUUGAAGGGGGGAUUUAGGAAGACACUGGAAAGAAAAGAAGAGAUCCCUGGUAAAAGAAGGGCCAAAAUUGAAAUGAUUCCCCCCAGAGACAUAGAGCGAUGAGACUUUUGUUUUUGUUCUUGGGAAUUUUCUUGCUGUUGCCCUUUUCUGAAGCCAGGAUUUCCAGACGUUUCUGUUUGCUUUUGUCUGCUCAGAAACAAAAAGGGAAGGAUGGAGAAACAACCUUCCCUUCAGUCUGUCCCGGUUUUCCAUUGUGAUCUGUGUUAAUCUGUUUUACUGUGCCUGUGAUACGUGUGUGUGCGCUUUAUGCACAUAAGUUAAGCAUUAACUCGUACUUUAGGCCCAAUUCAUGUUGAUGGAUAGCACAACAAUGGCCAGUCCAAGAGGAACAGCGACGGAAAGGAGUGAGAGAGGGGAAAGCACUUUUUUCCAGCAUUCAAGCUGCGAUUGGUUCCUCAUUGCUGCUGCCGCCGCCGCCGCUGCUUCCUCAUUUGGCGCCGCUCCCAGUGCAUUGUGGGAUUGAGAUUUCCCAGUGGUGAGAAUCAAACUCCAUCUGCUGAGCUGACACACACACUCACUCUCAAAUGUUGGAAGCGGUACAUCCAGGCACAGGCUUAUCUAAACAAGCACACAGCAAACAAACACGUCUGUCUCAUGCAGGAAAAUACUUACAUACACACACACAAUACAUACACACAGCCAUAAUGCCAUCACCACUGUGAUUAACCAUUUUAGCUGUGAAGAUGAAAAAUUUUAUCUCAAAUUAACAAGUUUUGGCUAAAAAUCCUUCCCUACAUUCCAUCCCACUGCUGUAUGUGUAUAUCGUUGCUUUGAAUACUGUCACUGAGCAUCCAGCAUUCGUUAUUAUCUGCCGUAUGUGAAGCAAUAGUAUCACUGUGGUACUGUAGCUAAUUCAGCCAGUAGCACAGAGCCAGACAUUCAGACUAGGAAAAGAGCCCAAGAUUCUGAAAGUGUAUGAAAGAGAAACCAGCUUCAGGUUAUAUCAGGAAUUCAAAAUUUCUUUGUCUAUGUGUCUAAAAACAUUAAAUGAAGACAUUGUUAAUGUGAGUUGUUUCGAAUAUUAAAAUUUAAGAGUAGUAUUUUCAAAAAAGAAAGAAAGUCCACAGUCUUUCUCAAGCAGUUGGAAGAUGUGUCCCAGUUCAGGUGCUGGAUCCUCUGAAGGAUUCAGCAAACAAAAGUCAGUUCCUCAGAGGGUCUGAAAGGGAGGCUGAACCUGCUCCUCCCCCCUAAAUGAAACCACUGUCUAGACUCACAGAAAUUAAAACAAACAAACAAACAAACAUCAAACAAAGUAAUGGUGUGUUCAGACCCUCCUUGUCAACUCAUAAAGUAAAAUAUGUGCAAGUCUGUGACAGGAUGUAGAGCAGUCGACAAAGUUUGGACACGCAGUUAACAGACAGCAAACAACGGACCAGGCUGGUAAAUGGUAAAUAUAUCCACAUUCCUUCCAUUUAUUUGUAAUGCCCUGUGAUUAACAUGUCCAUGCUGCAAAUAGUGGAGUUUAUGUCUGGCUUCCUUUAGUAACAACCUAUUGUUUGUCUGGUCCAUGUGGUGUGAUUACCAGUGAUAGCUCACCUUAGCACAUGGACCUUGUAAAUAUGACAUGAUCAUAUGAAUUUACAAGUUGACAGAGAUUGCCUGAAUGCUCCAUUAAACAGCCAACCAUGACAUAAUGGACUGUGGGACUGGCCUGGUUGGCUCAUUUUGAUGAAACGUGGACUUUGUGGGUCCAUUUUUAGACCAAUGCUGCGUUCAUGUCGUAUGAGAUGGAUCAGGGCAUUGGAAAAGAUUCCCAUGGUUACGACUUGUGUGCGUUCACGUCGCCGGGCAACUCCAGAUUGUUGGUCCUAUGAGUCUUACAAAUACUGUUAGUUGACAGUAUUAUACUAUAUCCAUUCAAUUUGGGUUGAACUGGUCUUGAAUGACGGACUUUGGCAGAGGUGAGGCAAAUAUGUUUGUUUGGUUUUCAGGUACUUAUGUAUUGUUUAGGGCCAAGUCAGAUAUAUUGAAGCUUAGAGAAAAAUGUGUUAAAACAAGAUUUCUCCAGUCAUAAAUACUCAUUUUGUGGAUGUUGAUGUGAAUAACUUCUACAAGUUGGAAUGUGACAAUUUUGAAAACUCAGAUAUGACAUGAAUGCACUGUAACUCUAGAAAAACACUUCAGAGCUAGACUUGGUCCUGAUUGGCUCCCAUGGACUGAAAUGUGGCCAAUCAGUUCAGUAUUUGAAAUGGAAAACCAGCACCUUAACUUAUCCGAGACAAGAGUAGGUGAUUCUAGUCAGCCAGUCAGGGUUCGGUGAAUUGAGGACUUUUAAUUCAGUAAAACAAAUGGAAUUCUGCUUUUAAAGUAACUUCAUAAUUUUUUUUUUAUAAUACCACAAUCCAGAACCUCUGUGCAUUUGAAAAAGACAUGCAACUGAAUAAAAUGGGACAUUUAAAAUUCAAAUUUAAAGCAAACAUCUAGGGAGUGUGAUGUUUUUUCUAGUGUAGCAUUUGUGUGGGAACCGACUCCAAAUGCCAGCAAUACUCAGUUUUUAAGUAUGUUUUUUCUUCUAGUCAGUGCUUCCUUGUUUGACUGUGUGGUUCCUCGAGGCUACUGAAAUGACAGAAUAACAGACAACCAAACCCAGUCCCGGAGAAAAAAACGUGCUUGUGUCCCUUCACACAAAUGAAAAACACCAGCUUACCACUCGGCAGCGCUCAUUUAAAAAGUACAAGGCUACGGUGUGAGCUGCAUCCUGUCUAAGAGCUAUCGUGUUUUUCACAGUCCAGCUGCUACAGUAGAUGUAUUGAAACAGAACGCCUGAGCACAAGAUUUUCCAAAGACGAGGUGGUGAGGAGUGUGAGGGUCUGUCUUGAUGUUCUGGUGGUGUCAGUGUGCAGAGGGGGCUGCUAAAUUAUCAGUAAUUACCUUGUUAUGUAUUUAGCAUACUCCUGAAGCAUUCUACACUGACAGGUGAAUUGCAAGUAUAGAAAAAGCGCUUAAGUAACUGUGGUAUUGUAUGUAUGUGAUUUACUCGUAUAUGAUCAUUUCAAAGCGUUGUCACCGCUGGACGUGGACCAGUGGAGCUGUAUGUAGACUGAAAAUGCUCUAAUAGCCAUUCUUCUGACUGACCUGGGAUUACAUUUAUAUUAAAUGUUCUAGUCCCAAGUUCUGCAAAUCCUAAAUGUGUUUAUGUAUAGGAAGAGAUAAUAUAAAGACGUAUACAGGGGGUAACCAGAUGAACUGAGUCCUUACUCUGGUGCUAGGGCCAGUUAAGAGAAAACACAUGCAGGCGCUUCUCAGUCUUCUCACCUUUAAUGCAUAUACCCGUAUGCCAUUUUCUCCUUUGGUUUGAGUGCGACCUUUCACUCGAGUCCCUGCAGACAGCAACUAGAGGAUGUUCCCACCUCAAAUCCAGUGUAAACAUUCAGUCCAUCUGGGCACCUGAGGAUUUAUGAAAUGUGCGAAAUGUUUUAUUUUUAUCGUUAUUUUGUUGUUGUAGAGAUACACAUUUUAUUGCUUUUGCCGUGCCUAUGAAGAAAAUCUCCCUCAUAUGUGUAACUGUGAAUUUUUCAUGUAGAAAUGAGCUUGUAGAAACUGUGAUACCGUCUUGUCCUGUGCAUUGCUGUGAGUUUUUUCUUCUCUUUGGGGUGAUGGGAAUGGAGAUGAGGAGUGUGGACGUGUGAGUGAGUGUGUGUCAGUGUGUGUCAGUGUGUGCGUGUGUGUAGAUUAGGGAGUUCAUGUCCAUGUUUUUUGUCAAUGGUUGUGACAUUCCAGCAGCAGCCACCACCUUUUCUAUUAUCCAAA